AUGUUAAGGAAGGAAGCUAGGAAAAAUUCUGAAGAGCACAAUCUAGCUCUUGAUUCCUUGUUUGCUAGCGAUUUUGAUUUAGAAGAGGAUGAAGUCAUAGCUGAAAAUCAAACUUUGAAAGAGCUUGCUGCCCCUGAUUUGAAUCAACAACCCUUAUGCAUAACAUUCCCUACUUUAGAUGCUACUACUACUUUUGAAUUAAAAUUUGGACUAAUACAUCUCUUGCCCACUUUUCAUGGCCUUGCAGGUGAAGAUCCUCACAAGCAUCUAAAGGAGUUGCAUGUGGUAUGCACGAGUAUGAAACCUACUAGGGUGACUGAAUAUCAAAUUAAAUUAAGAGCCUUUCUAUUUUCUUUGAAGAAUUUAGCUAAGGAUUGGCUCUGUUAUUUACCCUCUGGGAGUAUUAAAACAUGGAAUGAGAUGAAGAAGUUGUUUUUGGAGAAAUAUUUCCCAACUUCAAGGGCGGCCAACAUUCGAAAAGAAAUUUGUGGUGUAAGGCAGCACAAUGGAGAGUCCCUACAUGAAUAUUGGGAACGUUUCAAGAAAUUAUGUGCAAGCUACCCCCAUCAUCAAAUUAGUGAGCAGCUACUUAUCCAAUAUUUCUAUGAGGGCCUUCCACCCAUUGAUAGAAGCAUGAUUGAUGUAGCUAGUGGAGGAGCUUUGGUGGAUAAAACUCCCAAGGCCACGAGAAACUUGAUUGCAAAUAUGGUAGCCCAAUUCUCAACAGUUCGUCAAAUGGUUGUAGGUAAUAUGCAAACAAUGAAGGCUUGUGGGAUUUGUUCGGUAGUAGGACAUCUAACCGAUAUAUGCCCAACUCUUCAAGAGGAGCCAAUUAAGCAAGCGAAUGCAGCUGGUGGUUUUCCUAGACAACCGCAAAGGAAGUAUGAUCCUUAUUCGAGCACAAAUAACCCGAGAUGGAGGGAUCACCCCAAUAUUAGCUAUGGGAAUCCACAAGUAAAUCAGCCCACGACUCAAAACCGCCCAAUUUGCCAGCAAUAUAAGCAGCCAUACCCCCCCAGACAACAAUCGGGCCAAAGUUCUAAUUCUGUCAUUUUCAAAAGUGGUAAAGAGGUUGAGAUUCCAGUAAAGGCAACCCCUGCAUCGCCGAAGCAAGAAAAGCAAAAAAACGUUGUUGCAGACAAGAAUGUUCCCAAUGACGAUGAUGUACCUAAGUGUAAGUUUCCGCCUCUUUCUGAUUAUAAACCAGUACCUCCUUUUCCUCAGGCUUUAGAAGAAUCAAGAAAAGAUGAGAAAAAUAAAGAUUUAUAUGAGACUUUUUGUAGAUGUGAGGUAAAUAUUCCAUUUUUAGAUGCCAUUAAACAAGUACCUCAUUAUGCUAAAUUCCUGAAAGAACUAUGUAUAAUUAAGAGGAAACAAAAACUUAGAGGAUGUGAGAAGGUGAGAGUAAGGGAGAAUGUUUCUGCAGUUAUUCAAAGAAAACUCCCUGCAAAGUGUAAAGAUUCAGGUAUGUUUACUAUCCCUUGUACAAUAGGUAACACUCAACUUGAGAAGGCCAUGCUAGAUUUAGGAGCUUCUAUCAAUGUCAUGCCAUAUUCUAUAUAUGCUUCUUUGAAACUUGGACCUUUGAAUAAAACUAGUGUUGUGAUUCAAUUGGCUGAUAGAUCUAUUACCUAUUCUAAGGGUGUAGUUGAGGAUGCUCUUGUGCAAGUUAAUGAUUUGGUUUUCCCUGCUGAUUUCUAUGUGCUUGAUAUGGAGAAUGGUGAUCAAACUAAUCCUAUUUUGUUAGGAAGACCAUUCUUAACGACAUCCAAGACUAAGAUAGAUGUUCAUAGUGCCACACUUACUAUGGAAUUUGAUGGUGAAAUUGUUAAGUUUAAUAUUUAUGAUGCCAUGAAAUAUCCUAAUGAUGAUAAUCCUGUUUAUUCAAUUGAUGUGAUUGAUUCUUUAACACAGGAAGUUUUUGAACUUGAUGGAAAAGAUGGAAUGGAAGUUGCCAUUAGUAAGCAUCUUGAGAAAGAUAAUGAGGAGUUAGCCUUGAGUACUGAUUUACAGGAAACUAUUGCAGCAUUGAAUGAUUUUCUGAAGUUACAGCAGUCAGGUAAUGUUCCUUAUAUCACGUUACCAGUUUCUAACAAGAGGCCUUUACCCUCUAUUUUACAGGCGCCCAUUCUAGAUUUGAAUCCCCUCCCCCACAGGAAUUUGCACUUAAAUAAUGCCUUGUAG